UAACGAUUUCCUGUCAUGUCGGCACUAGGUCUACACGGAAUGGUCGCACAGGUGUAACAGUAAAAAGCCCUGGAUUUUACGCCGGUAUUAAGAUGGUGUACGAUUCCAUUGAUGUCCAGCGCGGAGAGAGGGAUGUUGUGAGGUUUUUCCCCACCGUUCCAUUUGGUUGCGAAUACAGUCAAACAUCUCCUGGAACUGACUGCUACUUGACCCUGUUUAUAUCCGAUAACACUACACACGACACGUGUGAAAGCAACACCAUUCAACAUCAGUGUACCGUACAGCUGAAAGGUCUGACAAAAGAGGACAACAAUGCAGCGAUGUCUUGGGCGAUAAAUUCUACAUUUGAAGUCAUAACAGCGGAAAGCAAACUUGGGUCAUACAAUUUAGCUAAUAGACACUUCACACUGAGACUCAGCACAGGAAUAACCUACCACACGUUUUGGCAGGAUUAUGAGUCAGAAACAGUUACAGUCAAUGUUUAUGAAAGGGAAACAUCGCAAAUGUGGCAGGGGAGGGAGUGCCAAGUCCAUUGUGAUCCUCAUCACUUGACAUUUGAUGGAAUGAGAUUCGAACUGCAGUAUCCAGGAAAAUUUCUCCUGUUUAAAAGUACAGAUCCCCCUAUGCAGGUACAGGUGGAAAUACAGUCAUGCUACAAUAGCGGUGCACCUUAUUGUGCGUGUGGUCUAGUGGCAAUAGCUGGUCAGGACAUCUAUCAAAUUUAUACUUGUUUUGGAAAAAAUAUCAUCAAAUUUGAGGCAUGCAACGACAACGUUUUAAAGGCCGAGAUGAUAUCGUCAAGAGUAUACAAAAUUUAUCUACCCACCGGGGCGACAAUCAAUGUUUUCAUACGAGGAGGCCGUUCUUAUAAUAUGAUGGACAUAGAUAUCAUACCUACUCAUCAUGAAUAUCAGGAACAAGUGACAGGUCUUUGUGGAAAUUUUGACGGAGACAAAUGUAAUGACUGCGUUAACAGGGGAGGACGGUUUCCCUGCACGACACCAGCUCCUAAUGGAUGUCGUGGGGGAUACAGCUAUCAUCCUAACGAGUUUACAUCGUCAUUUAGACUCACUGAAGAGGAAAGUUUGCUUGGCGUCAUCCCCGAUGUGAGUUUACUCGAACCAUAUCCUACGUCCAAUCAAGUGUGUGUCUGUCCUGAGGGUAGUACCAGUCUGGAUGGGACAGAGAUUGUGGGAAGCUUCAGUUCUACAACACACUGCACAUACACACAAUAUGCUAGCUGUGAGAAUAAUCAGGAUAGGGAAAUGAAGUGUCGUCAACAUCUGUUGCUGAGUAAUACCAGAGGGAAGAGAAGCGUUCAACAAAAUACUUACACGCACGAACACGAAAGGGAAGAAAGGUCUGUUGUUAUGACGGAGAGCGAAGCCACUGCCGCCUGCAGCCUUGCUCUGAUGACAUCACCCUCGUACACUACAUGUGUAAAUUUGGACAUAUCUUCCUCGGAAAUAGAAACUUGCACGGCGGAUUUGAUGCUGACUGGUGAUAGUACCUGGACAAGAUUUGCAGUGGACAGAUUUCAAACGGCAUGUCUUGAAAUUAUAGCGAAGAAUUCAACCCUUCAAGAACAAUUUCCUGAUGAAGUUAAUGCAAUCAUAAAUAACACCUGUCCUAACAGCUGUUCAGAACAAGGAUCCUGUGCAGGCGGAGUGUGCAGCUGUGAUGAAGGCUUUGCGUCAGAUGAUUGUUCCUUUAAUUUGACGUCGCCAUUGGACGUGUCUGGUCUCGAGAACGACGACUUGUGUGAUCUACGAUAUGAAUGUGACUUAAUCCUGGUAAACGGACCAGACUUCCCCUAUGGUAGAAACUACACGUGUCAAUUCACCGGUCAGAUGACUUUUGUCAAUUCAUCUGUAAGGCUAUUGGAGGUUCAAAAUGUAACAGCCCAAUACCAGAGUCUGUUUGGACUACUUUGUGAUCUACCGGAUGUCGGAACCUUACCGGGACGACUUGGUAUACAGUACAGUAUAUCUGUUGCUAUGGAUCCAUAUGAUUUCAGUACCGCCAUGACCUUUGUCGUCAUCGAUAGUCUUUGUCAGACAUUUACGUACACGGCAGGAAACAUAUCAUUUAAUAUCAAGGAUGAGUAUUGUUUCAUCAACGGCGUGUGUAUACCAGCAGGAACCGAUAACAAGGACGAUUUGUGUCAGGAAUGUGAUAGUCAAGACAGUGUCUAUACCUGGUCGCAAUCUAAAGACUGCACUGUAAGUGAUCUACUGGAGAGUACUGGAGGUGUUACUAAUCACGUGACUGUCAUUGUAGCUGUCACAUGUUCCGUUGUCAUGGUAUUCAUCCUGGUCAGUUUGGGAGUGUAUUAUUGGAAACUACACACAAACAGUAGCUCAAAAGAGAGAGGCGACUCCGUCGCAGCUGUGUAUACUGCGAGGUCGGAUGUCGUAGGAAAACUUCACUUCGAGCAACGUCACAAUCUUAACAAACCUCACCAACUUCCACCAUUAGAAGGCAAGAAAAGAAGGGUCUUUCAUACAGACAAUAAGACACUGCCGUUUCCACUAAAGGAUGAUAUCUGACAUCUUCUGUCAACAGUCAGUUUUCACUUAUCAAUGCCGUCAAAAACUAACCACUGAUUACAUAACUGGAAUUCCUCAAAGAAUAACUUAAAAAGUGGGAAAGAGAAAAGACGCAACAUGAAGCAAUCAUAUCAAACCCAAUUAUUAGACUUAUCUAACCGCGUCUUCUUAGUAAACAAAUAAACCACAUUGGCAGAGUUCACAGAAUGAUCAAACUACACUUUCUCAAGGCACCGAUGCUUGUAACAUGAUAUAUGUUGGUUAGGUUAGCUGAAACCAUAUUUCAUUCGUGUUGAUUUAAACAUAACAAUAACAAAGAAAUGAAGAUGAUUGGGAAACAAGAACUAACGUAAUGGAACUAUGAUUUUUAUGUUUAUUUUUUUUCACUGAGAGGCUCCUUUAAUAACAACAUAAGGAAAUUGAAUGUUAUGGAACUAUGAUCACAACAUUUUGUUUUUAUUUUUCACCGAGCCGUUCAUGUAAAUAUGAAUCUGUAUGGAACUGUGAUAUCUAAACUUCGCUUAUAUUUUGGACUGGACCUGUAAAGAUAACGUAAGGAAACCGUUGGUUCUGGAACUGGGAUAUCUCAUAUGUUUGUUUGUAAUCAGUUUUGCACCGUAUGACACCUGUAUUACUUAUAAAGAGACUGUAUGCUAUGGAACUGUAAUAUCUGAAUUAUAUUCAUAUUUGCAUUGUAUGACACAUGUAAAAUGUAUGAAGAAACAGUGCUUAUGGAACUGAGAUAUCUAAAUUAUGUUUUAUUUUGCACUGUAUGACACGUGUAUUACGUAUGAAGAAACAGUGUUUUAUGGAACUGUAAUAUCUAAAUUAUAUUUAUAUCUGCACUGUAUGACACGUGUAUUACGUAUGAAGAAACAGUGUUUUAUGGAACUGUGAUAUCUAAAUUAUGUUUUAUUUUGCACUGUAUGACACCUGUAUUACGUAUGAAGAAACAGUGCUUAUGGAACUGUGAUAUCUGAGUUAUAUUUUAUUUUGCACUGCGCGACACCUGUAUUUCUUAUGACUAAAUUGUAUUUUGUGGAACUGUGAUAUCUAAAUUAACUUUUAUAUUGCACUGCGCGACACCUGUAUUACGUACGAAGAAAUUGUAUUUUAUGGAACUGUGAUAUCUACAUUUUGUAUUAUAUUUUUGCACUGUUUGAUACCUGUAUCUUUUAUGUGAAGAAACUGUAUUUUAUUGACUGUGUAUCUAACUCAUAUUUGAAUUUUGCACUGUUUGACAUCUGUAUUUUUUAUGUGAAGAAACUGUAUUUUAUGAAACUGUGAUAUCUAACUUAUAUUUGAUUUUUGCACUGUUUGACACCUGUAUUUCUUAUGAAGAACGAUGUGUUAUGGAACUGUGAUAUAUUUGUACCUACAUUUUGUUGUACGUUAACGCUUGUUCCUAACACAAUUUGUUUCCUUUCCAUUGACAGCACUUGUAAUAAUGAUGUUAUGAAAUGUGAUGCUAUAUUUUUGUACUAUAUUGGUUCAUGGUUCAUGGUGGUCGACGUCUUCGUAAGCAUAGUAUUGCUUCUGUUGACGCUUCUUCAUAGUUGUUCACAUAUUUACGGGUUGUGCAGAGGACGCGUAUAUACUUAUAUUACAUAUUAGUAGCACGAUGGUAAAAACUUAAUAUGAUGGUUGACCCAAUGUUUAUUGAGUCAAGAUUUAAAAACAUUUAAGGUUGGGGAAUCUACCACAAUUGUAGGGAGUUGAUUCCAAGUAUUUACAAUUGUAGUGUUGAUUUCUUAUGGCCUUUAUGGCUUUGUUUCUUGCAUCUUUGUAUUUGUUAAAAUUCUCGUUAGUUUUACAAUGAAGGUAAUAGUUUUUUAUUCCAGUUUUGCGCAUGGUUCAGUUAGCUUACAUGACAAACUUAGAUUUGCAUCUUUCAUCCGAUUAAUACCUUAAUAGUACAAUAGUAUACGCCCGUCAAAACUUUAAGUCUGUCUGUCUGACUGCCCGUCUACACUUUCAAUUUAACGUGCUUAAAUCGUUUGAUUUUGAUGAAAUGCAGUUAUUAUGUAAAUUAUACAAAGACUAGCGCUAAGUUUGAAGAUUGUCAAAUCCCGUCCUUGAUUAACAUGCAUAGUGCACUAUGAAUGUUCGUCAGUUUCCGUACAAUAAAUUGAUAAAUAUGACUAACUACUGAUGAAACUUCGUCAAUAUUCAUAUCAUACUGAGGCAAAAGCUUAUUUUAAAAUUGACUAAUAUCUUCCCAAAGCUUUAGAUAAGCGUAUAAUGACCCCUCCCUCCAUGAGGUAAAUUAACCAAAUUAAUAUCGGAUUUGCACAGAAUUUUGGGGAAACAUUGACUACUUAACCUUUUUUCAUUCCAAACAAAUGUAUAAGGUAUAAGUAUAUGUUUAUAUAAAUUGCAAGUGUCUGAAAUAGUGGCUAUUUUCCCUGUGUGUUUACUUCCAAAUAGUGUCUAGGUUUAAGUAAUUAAUGAACAAAUACAAUUCAAAACUAACAUUUGAACAACAAUAGUUGGAGUGCUAAGACGCUUUUUGGAAAAUUUCCUGACUAGCAUGACAAAAUGUGGUCUUAUCUACGUAAGCCUUUUUAUAAUUAAAAUAUAUUAACAA